CAUUUGAACACAAUCAUGGUGAAGGCGUACCUAAGGUACGAACCGGCGGCUGCCUUUGGAGUGAUAGUGUCCGUCGAUUCAAACAUCACAUAUGACAGCUCAGGCAAGCACUUGCUCGCUCCGGCUCUUGAGAAAGUCGGAGUUUGGCACGUCCGUCAAGGUGUCUGCACCAAAUCCCUAGCCACUUCUACCUCCUCACGAGCCGGUCCCUCCCUCGCUGUCACCUCUCUAGCCUCUUCACCUUCUUCUCUGUUGGCAGGUGGGUAUGCAGAUGGUAGUAUAAGAAUUUGGGAUAGUGACAAGGGAACCUGCGAGACCACAUUGAAUGGACAUAAAGGGGCUGUCACAGCUUUACGGUAUAACAAGCUUGGCUCUUUGCUUGCAUCUGGAAGCAAAGAUAAUGAUGUUAUAUUAUGGGAUGUGGUUGGUGAGACAGGUCUCUUUCGCCUUCGUGGGCAUCGUGAUCAGGUGACGGACCUCCUUUUUUUGGAUGCUGGUAAAAAGCUUGUUAGUUCUUCCAAGGAUAAAUUUUUAAGAGUGUGGGAUCUAGAAACCCAGCAUUGUAUGCAAAUAAUUAGUGGUCAUCAUAGUGAAAUAUGGUCCAUAGAUGUUGAUCCUGAGGAAAGAUACCUGGUCAGUGGUUCAGCAGAUGUGGAACUUAGAUUUUAUACUGUUAAGCAUGACUUAAUUUACGGGAAAUCCAUAUCUGAUUUCAAAGGAAAUGAAAAAUUGAACAAUGCUGAUACAGCCUCUCAAGAUAAAUGGAAAGUUUUGAAGCACUUUGGUGAAAUUCAGCGACAAAACAAAGAUCGGGUUGCAACUGUGAGAUUCAGUAAGUCUGGAGAUUUACUGGCAUCUCAAGUGGCUGGGAAGACAGUUGAGAUAUUCCGUGUAUUGGAUGAUGCUGAAGCAAAGCGUAAAGCAAAACGUAGGAUUCAUCGGAAGAAAGAAAAGAAAUCUACAAAAGGGGCAGUUGAAAUAACUGAAAAUGGAGACACAAAUCAUGGAGUUCAAGAGGAUGGGAAUAACCUUGUGGUUACAGUUCCUGAUGUUUUUAAACUGCUUCAAACGAUUCGAGCUAGUAAAAAAAUCUCUUCCAUUUCCUUCUGUCCAAUUAAACCAAAGAGCUCACUAGCUACUUUAGCAUUGUCUUUGAACAAUAAUUUAUUGGAAUUUUAUUCUAUUGAGAGUUCUUCAAAUGCAAAAACACUUGCUAUUGAGCUACCGGGACACCGUUCUGAUGUCAGAAGUCUUACACUUAGUUCUGACAACACUCUUUUGAUGUCAACAAGUCACAAUGCAGUGAAGAUUUGGAAUCCUAGUACUGGUUCUUGCCUGCGAACUAUUGAUUCUGGAUAUGGACUCUGUGGUCUGAUUGUUCCUAAUAACAAGUAUGCAUUUGUUGGAACUAAAAGUGGAACUAUAGAAAUCAUUGACAUUGGAAGUGGUACUUGCAUUGAAGUAGUGGAGGCCCAUGGGGGCUCCAUUCAGUGGAUUGCGUCCAUUCCAAAUGAAGAUUGUUUUGUGACAGGAAGUGCAGAUCAUGAUAUUAAAUUCUGGGAGUAUCAAUUCAAACAGAAACCUGGUCAGGACUCUAAGCCUCUCUUGUUGUCAAAUCUAAGGACUACAAAGAUGAAUGAUGAUGUUCUAGCUGUUGCUGUUAGUCCUGAUGCUAAGUAUAUUGCUGCUGCACUUUUGGACUGCACAGUGAAGGUGUUUUUUAUGGAUUCACUCAAAUUUUUCAUUUCCUUAUAUGGUCAUAAGUUGCCUGUCCUAUGCAUGGAUAUUUCAUCAGAUGGAGAUCUGAUUGUGACUGGCUCUGCAGACAAAAAUUUGAAGAUUUGGGGGUUGGAUUUUGGUGACUGUCAUAAAUCCAUUUUUGCUCAUGCUGAUAGUGUUAUGGCGGUGCAAUUUGUGCGCAAUACCCAUUACAUGUUUAGUGUUGGGAAAGAUCGCCUUGUCAAAUACUGGGAUGCUGAUAAGUUUGAGUUGCUUUUAACUCUAGAAGGACAUCAUGCUGAUGUUUGGUGUCUUGCGAUCAGCAACCGUGGUGAUUUUAUUGUCACAGGAUCUCAUGACCGAUCUAUACGUCGUUGGGAUCGUACAGAAGAGCCAUUUUUCAUUGAGGAAGAGAAAGAAAAGAGGCUGGAGGAAAUGUUUGAGUCUGACCUUGACACUGCAAUAGAAAACAGGUAUGCACCCAAGGAAGAAAUCCCAGAAGAGGGAGCAGUGGCCUUAGCUGGGAAGAAAACUCAAGAAACCCUUACAGCAUCUGAUUUGAUUAUUGAAGCUCUAGACAUAGCAGAAGAAGAAUUGGAUCGUAUUGCUCAACAUGAGGAAGAGAAAACCAGGGGAAAUGUUGCUGAGUUUCAACCAGAUAUAAGAAUGCUUGGGCUGUCUCCCUCAGAUUAUGUUCUCCGUACGCUCUCAAAUGUUAACACUAAUGAUCUGGAGCAGACCUUGCUGGCGUUACCAUUUGCAGAUGCUCUGAAGCUUCUGUCUUACUUGAAGGAUUGGGCUUCUAAUCCUGAUAAGGUUGAGCUUGUUUGCAGGGUUGCUACGGUGCUAUUGCAAAUACAUCAUAAUCAGUUAAUUACUACCCCAGCAGCCAGACCUGUGUUGACUGCUCUGAAAGACUUCCUAUAUGCAAGAGUCAAGGAACGGAAAGAUACUAUUGGUUUUAAUCUUGCUGCAAUGGAUCAUCUCAAGCAAUUGAUGGCUUUGAGGUCAGACGCACUCUUCCAAGAUGCAAAGGUGAAGUUACAAGAAAUCCGAUCAUAUCAAUCAAAACGUUUAGAAGCAAGGGCAGACACAAAAGCCGAAAAACGAAAAAAGAAAAAACAGAAAAAGUCAAGUGAAAUACAUGCUUGGACAUGAUGCUGAGAAGUAAAAUUUCGAAGGAAUAGAAUACUUACUGCUGCACAAGUUGAACAUACAUGAUAAACUGCAUUGGUUGGCUCAAGAAAAAGGGAGUCGGAAGAGCAUGUCUAAUUUAUGGCAAUUGAUUAUUUUCUUGUAGCUCAAAGCAUGUAGAAUGAGGGCUUUGCCUUUCUAAAGUUUUGUU